AUGAGGCAACAGGUACUUUUAUUUAUUUCACUCGGUCUAUCUUUUCAAAUCUAUCUAUCUAUCUAUCUAUCUAUCUAUCUAUCUAUCUAUCUAUCUAUCUAUCUAUCUCAUUCUGUUUAUAUCUAUCUAUCUAUCUAUCUAUCUAUCUAUCUUACUUUAUUCAUUAACUAUCUAUUUAUCUAUCUCUUUCUUUUCACCUGUCUAUCUAUCUAUCUAUCUAUCUAUCUAUCUCUAUCUAUCUAUCUAUCUAUCUAUCUAUCUAUCUAUCAUAGUUUAUUAAUUAUCUAUCUAUUUAUGUAUCCAUCUAUCUCUGUUUUUCACCUGUCCAUUUAUCUAUCUAUCUAUCUAUCUAUCUAUCUAUCUAUCUAUCUAUCUAUCUAUCUAUCUAUCUAUCUAUCUCUUUUCACCUAUCUAUCUAUCUAUCUAUCUAUCUAUCUAUCUAUCUAUCUAUCUAUGCUCUUUUCCUCCUCCUCCUCCCCCACCCCCUUCUUUCGUUUCUUUUUAUCUUCUUUUUAUUCGUUUUUUACGCUUCCUCCUCCCCCUUCUCCUUUCAUCAACUUUUCCCCUAAUGUUUAUUUUUCACUCUUUUAUCUUUAUUCAGCUAAAUCGCUUUCUUUCUCAUACAACUCAAUUCCUUCCUUCCUUCCUUCCUUCCUUCCUUCCUUCCUUCCUUCCUUCCUUCCUUCCUUCCUUACUUCCUCUCUCUCUUUUCCUUCCUUUCCCUUCCUUCCUUUCUCUUUUCUCUCCUUCCUUUUCUCUUUCUUCCUUCCUUCCUUCCUUCCUUCUUCCCUCCUUCCUUCCUUCCCUUCCUUUCUCUUUCUCUUCCUUCCUUCCUUCCUUCCUUCCUUCCUUCCUUCCUUUUCCUCUCUCUUUUCCUUCCUUUCUUCCUUCCUUCCUUUUUUCUCCAUCCUUCCUUCCUCCUUCCUUUCCUUCCUUCCUUCCCCUUCCUCUUCUCUUUUCCUUCUUCCGUCCAUUUCUCCUCUCUCUCUUCCUUCCUUCCUUCCUUCCUUCCUUCCAGUUUUCUUUCUUCCUUCCAUCCUUCCUUCCUUUUCUUUUUUUUUCUUCCGUCCUCCUUCCUUUUUCCUUCCUUCCUUCCUUCCUUCCUUCCUUUUUUUUUCGUUCUUCCGUCCAUCCUUCCUUCCUCUUUCUCUUCCUUCCUUCCUUCCUUCCUUCCUUUUUUUCGUUCUUCAGUCCAUCCUUCCUUUCUCUUUCUCUUCCUGCCUUCCUUCCUUCCUUUCUUUUUUUCUUUCUUCCGUCCAUCCUUCCUUCCUCUUUCUCUUCCUUCCUUCCUUUCUUCCUUCAUUUCUUUCUUUCUUUCUUUCUUUCUUUCUUUCUUUCUUUCUUCUACUCAUUCUUACCUACUCUUUUUUUGUCCCAGUCUUUGAGUGCUAA